UUCAUCUUCUUCCCAGCCGAACGGCGGCGUGCACCCAGCAAACCCAACCCCACCCGUCGUCCGCGCCCACCACGCGAGCUUCACUCCCCCCCGUCUCCUCCAUGGGAGUCUUGCCAUGGAGCUGCCGCUGCGGACUCAACCCCACCCCCAGCAAGAACAGGGGUGCGCCCGCGCGUCCUCCUCCUCCUGCUGCCCGAGGCAGGAGAUCCAAAUACACGGGACAAUCUGUGAGAGCAAUGCCUAUGCGCGUGCUGACAGUCGGCAAGAAGAGGUCUCAGGGGACACAACUUCUUGUUGAAGAGUACAAAGAGAAGCUCGGUCACUACUGCGACGUUGAGGACACCCUUAUCAAGUCCAACCCAAAACUUACAAGCGAUGUUAAGGUGCAAAUUGAAGCAGAAGACGCGUCUAUGAUGCAGCAGCUCAAGGCUGAAGAUUUUGUUGUUGUGUUGGAUGAAAACGGGAAGGAUGUCAUAUCUGAGCAGAUAGCUGAUCUCAUUGGGGAUGCUGGCAACACGGGAUCGUCAAGGCUCACAUUUUGUAUUGGCGGGCCAUAUGGUCUUGGAAUACAAGUACGAGAGCGAGCUGAUGCAACAAUUAGGCUAUCCUCACUGGUUUUGAACCACCAAGUCGCUUUAAUAGUUUUAAUGGAGCAGCUCUACAGGUAUGUAUGCCAGGAGCACUCGUUGUUAUAUGGCACAUUGUUGGGCGACCGCAGAAAGCACGCAAAAGGUACGACUGAUCGAGAUCGCGGUGUGUCGGUUCUUUCAGUUACAGCCAGAGAACACCGGCAAGUAUGCCGUCCUGGCAAACAUGUAAGCACGGUGAUGAGCCGCAACAGGGCGUGAGGAGAAAAGAAGACGGGCCACAAGUGGGAAGGAGAAACCUACCAGGUGGUGUGAGUGAAGUCUACUUGAGGUUGUAGAGCUCGUCGCAAAUGAGCCUUCACCUCUAAAUCCCUGAAAUUUAUACACUGUAUUGUUGACAUCAGAUUUUGGCACGGUCAAAAACAUAAUUAAGAAGGCCACAAAC